CGUGUUUCUCACACGUCGUAGAGCAAGACUGGAUGUUGCAUCGAAAGCCUAACUUCUAAUUUUACGAAGUUUGGCUUCGGUCACAUCGUUAAAAUGUUACGUCUAUUGUUACUGGCAUCGUUGUGUGCUGUUUUAAGUGCAUCUUUAAUACCACACUCUCUGCUGAAUUAUCCUCACAGUUUGCAACGUUUGUUUGGAAUAAAACGGGAGGAUGCUGUCGAGGAAAGGAAGAACGAACGAGAAAUAUGUAAAACCGAAGAAUGCCACUUAAUUGCACGAGUAAUCAAGGACAGUAUGGACGAGACCGUAGACCCAUGUGACAAUUUUUACGAGUAUGCUUGUGGAAAUUGGUCAAAGAUCAACCCCAUUCCGGAAAAUAGGACCCAAUGGAGCUUGUGGUCCAUGGUAGAAGAGAAAAUCGAGCGUCAAAUUGAAGAUAUAAUUACAAGUGACAUGAAAUCAAGCGAUCUUUUCGCAGUGAAGCUUGCCAAAAAGUGGUACCGCAGUUGCAUGGACGUAGAUGCCAUAGAAAAAAGAGGAGUCGAACCGAUACUCUCCACCCUGUGGAGACACGGAGGAUGGCCACUUAUCAUGGAAGAUGGAGAAUGGGACUCGGAUAUAUACAGCUGGCAAAUAGUCGAUGACCAAUUUGCUCGUUUAAUAGGGUUCAACGCGUUUCACGAUAUACGUUACUCCAGGUUGACGUUUGAAGGCAACGAUACGAUACUGAUCGAGACACCACAUUUACCUAUAGGCGUAGAUAAGAUAUUUUCGACAGCGAAAGAUUACAAUUUAGACAGCAGUGACGAAAAUAACGAAAGUGGAGAAGGUAGUCAGGAGAAAGGAAGCAGAGAAAAAGGUCAACAACAGCAGAGCGAAGAAGACGAAGAUGAAGAUGAAAAUGACGAUGAAAACGAAGAGAGUGAAAGCUUGAGCUUUAGCGAUUCGGGCGACGAAGAAGAAGAAGAUGAAGGUAAGAGGAAAGUAAAAGUUGGAAAGCAUCAUAGAAAAUUGAGACACGGUGGAAGGUGGCAGCGUAAGAAGAAAAUGGGGAAUAGACAUAUUAGUAAAGAUCGAACGAAGAGAAUCGCUAAGAGAGACAUUUUGAAACGAAAAGCUCAUCAUCGCGUUAGGGCAAUCUUAUCGAAGCAUAAGAAUUUGUUGCGCCAUAAACUGAGUAAGAAGGGAAAUAAUAAGAGACAUAAGGCUUUAGAGAAACAUUCGAAUAAGAAGUUAAAGCCUCGUAAGAAUACCGUGAGAAGGAGGAAGAUGGAAAGGCCUAUUAACAAAGAAGAAUUACGCAAGAAGAAAAUAGUCAAAACGAAGACUGCUAAGCGACUAGGACACAGCAAAAGGAAGAAUAAUAAGAAUAAAGCAGUUGAAAGACACGCUCACGAAAAAGAGGGAACGAAAGCGAAGAAGACGAAGGAAAAAUUACAUAGAACAGAAGAAAAAUUACAUAACACGGAAAGUCAUAAGCACCAGAAAAUAGCCAAUCACGAAGCUCAUCGUGCUAUGAACAAAAUGGGCAUUUCAAAACGCAAGCACACAUCCAACAGGUAUUAUACACAGGAUGAUGAUUCCGAAGUAUCAAACUCGGACGAAAGUAACUAUUACAACGAGGAAGAAUAUGACGAUGAUAAUUAUAUCAGUAGCGACGAGUCCGAUGAAGAAAAUGACGAUGAUAACGAAGAUAAUGAAAGUAACGACGAAGAUAAUGAAUCUAACGAGGACGAUGAUGAAGACGAAGACACUGACGAAGAAGAGGACAGCGACGAUGAUAACGAUAGCGAAUAUGACGAUGAGGAUAAUGACAGCAUAUUUGAUAUCGACGAUGACGACCUGGAAGAAGUAGUAAUAGAGUUGCUAAAAGAAGAAUAUAAAGAUCACAUAUUAAAUGUAUCGAUAAUACUUUCUAAUGGGAGAGGAAUCGAGAUAGCAAGGGAACAGAUGGAGAAAGAUGUCGAUGAUCUCGUUGAAUUCAUAGUUAAACUAGGCGAAUUAACGCUCCUGCUCGACGACGAACCCGUAAAUAUGACGCUUCUUGAACUGCAAUACUUGUACAAAAGCUGCGGCGAUACUACCCACACUAACAAGAUAAAUUGGAUUAAGAAAAUAGAGAAGAUAUUUGCCGAGGCUGGAGCGGAGAUCGAUGAAAACGUAGAAAUUGUAUUAGCAUCUCCCGAUUACAUAGAUGGUCUCUAUGCUUUGCUCACGGAAACCCCGCAAAGAGUGCUCGUCAACUACGUUCACUGGGCCUUUAUUAAUAAAGCGAUUAUAGCUGGUCCGGAAGCUUUGAGAAAUUUGGCUGAGGAAUGGAUGGGUAUGUCUCGACGCUUUCCCACGAGGGACUCGAUGUGCCUGCAAUUAGUGCAAAUAUCCAACGUGGCAGGAUACGAAUACGUGAAAAAAUAUUUCUCAGAAGAUGUAGCGAAAUCGGCCAGAGACAUGAUCGACGAUAUACAAAAGGAGGUGGAAUAUCAGAUCAAAGAAUCGACGUGGAUGAACGACGAUACUAAACACUUUAUUUUAGAUAAGCUGGUGCACAUGAAGAAUUGGGUCGGUUACCCAAGCUGGUAUCGAAAUGAAACACUCGUGAAACGCUACUUCCAAGGGCUUACGAUUGGUACCUCGUUCUACGAGAACAUACUGAACUAUGCUAGAUCUGUGAGGUGGAAACGUUUGCGAAGAAUUUUGCAGACAGAGGAGGAUGAAAACGCAGAAGACAUACUGGAUCCUUUGGAACUCAAUGCUUUCUUCAUGCCAACGGAAAAUUCUAUAUCAAUCACUGCAGCAGACUUCCAGAGUCCAUUCUUUGCAUAUAACCGGCCAUGGUACGUGAAUUUCGGUAUUAUCGGACUCGUCAUGGGCCACGAGGUGAACCACGGAUUCGACGAUUCAGGUCACCUUUACGACAAGGAAGGGGUACCAAUGGAAUGGUUAUCCGCGAUGGCACAGGCUUACAAUAAGAGAGCAAAGUGUUUCGUGGAUCAGUAUAACGGAUAUAGUAUCCUGAAGGGAGAAAAUUACACGAUCAAGGAUUAUGGGAACCAAACAGCGGGUGAAAAUAUUGCUGAUACGAUGGGUCUGCACGCUGUGUUCAGAGCUUACAAACGAAGAGAACGAGAAUGUACUAAAGUGGACCCUGGUCUACCGGGAUUAGAAAAAUUUACCAAUGACCAACUCUUCUUCUUAUCAUUUGGAAACUUGUGGUGCGAAACGGAAGAAGACAGGGAAACUGCCAUAAAGAGCGCGAAAUAUGACGUGCACAGUGCAGCACGUUUGAGGGUGAUCGGUCCGGUCUCAAAUUCCGAAGAAUUUGCCAAAGCUUUCAACUGUCCCGUAGGUAGUCCCAUGAAUCCUAAAAAUAAAUGCAACUUAUGGCAAUAAUUUGGAAAACCGUUAGAUUUUCACCCACGAUUCGAUAACGUAACUGUUAUGGAAAAUUAAAAGCAACUGCAAAUUA